UCAAGAAGCGGAACAAAACCGGAAGCACGUGUGCCUUACGUCACUGCUGGACAACAAAAACAAAUCGCCGUCUCACAUCGCUGUUGUUGUUGUUGUUUCGCUCUGUUUGUCGUGUUCACAGCUUUGAAAACAUCCACGUCGUCUCGACUCUGCGGGUUCAUGGUUGUCGGUCGGGUGCAGCUGAAGCUUUAGCUGGUAACUGGUACUGGUAACGUUCCGGUAACGUUAGCUGGGCAGCCAUGGCUCAGCAGAGAGGAGUCAACAGCCUGCAGUUCAACCAGGACCAGAGCUGUUUCUGCUGUGCGAUGGAGACAGGGGUCCGGAUUUACAACGUGGAGCCCCUGAUGGAGAAAGGUCACCUGGACCACGAGCAGGUGGGCAGCGUGGCCCUGUGCUCCAUGCUGCAUCGAUCCAACCUGUUGGCCAUCGUGGGAGGAGGAGUCAACCCCAAGUUCUCAGAAAUAUCUGUGCUGAUCUGGGACGACGCUCGGGAGUCACGAGACCCCAAAGACAAACUGGUCCUCGAGUUCACUUUCACUAAACCUGUUCUGGCUGUUCGCAUGAGGCAUGACAAGAUCAUCAUUGUCUUAAAGAACAGGAUCUACGUGUACAGUUUUCCGGAUAACCCUGUCAAACUUUUUGAGUUUGACACUAGAGAUAACCCCAAAGGCUUGUGUGAUUUAUGUCCCAGUCUGGAGAAACAGUUGCUUGUUUUUCCGGGUCACAAAUGUGGCAGCCUGCAGCUGGUUGAUUUAUCCAACACCAAACCUGGCACAUCAUCUGCCCCUUUCACCAUCAACGCCCACCAGAGCGAGAUCGCCUGCGUGGCGCUGAACCAGCCGGGCAGCGUCGCAGCUUCGGCCUCACGCAAAGGAACGCUCAUCCGGCUGUUCGACACGACGACCAGAGACAAGCUGGUGGAGCUGCGCAGGGGAACCGACCCGGCCACCCUCUACUGCAUCAACUUCAGCCACGACUCCUCGUUCCUGUGUGCCUCCAGUGACAAAGGCACCGUUCACAUCUUCGCUCUCAAAGACACCAAACUGAACCGCCGCUCCGCCCUGGCGCGUGUUGGGAAGGUGGGCCCUGUGAUUGGUCAGUAUGUGGACAGCCAGUGGUCAUUGGCCAGCUUCACCGUGCCGGCUGAGUGCGCCUGCAUCUGUGCUUUUGGAAAGAACACGUCCAAGAACGUGAACUCUGUCAUCGCCAUAUGUGUGGACGGGACCUUCCACAAGUACGUGUUCACCCCUGACGGAAACUGCAACCGAGAAGCCUUCGACGUGUAUCUGGACAUAUGCGACGACGAUGACUUCUGAGGCCAGUUGGAAAUCAGCAGUGGGAGGGCAAAGAAGUGAGGACGAGGAGGAAACACGAGGAGGACAACGAUGACAGAUGAAAAUGACUGGAGUUAAUGGUUAUUGCUCUGAGGACAGAUGGGAAGCUGGCCUGAGACAGAAGGUCCCAGAUGACUUCAUGCUGUUGUGUAAAAUAGUUUGUGUUUGUCGUCAGUUGUAUCUGCCGUCUGUAGCAGCUGAACUUGAACGCAGUUUUCUUCCACACCGACUCUGACCUGCAUUCAGCGUUUGUGUCCACAGCCGAGCUCACAGUAAAAAAUGUUUUGAAACGUG